AUGUCCUUGAUGCUGGGCCAAGUACAGCCGGGCCAGCAUCUCCGAGCGGGCAGCCCCGCAGGUCUGGAGCACCUGCCUUUGCUGUCUGCGGGUAGCACCGCCCUGCAGGUGCAAGCAACGGUCACCGGGGACCAGAAACCCGGGGAAAGUCUAACCUUCGGCACCUGGGCCGACAAACCAGGACCACAGGCCGAGCCAACCGGGGACUGGCACGACUGGGGUUGGAAUCGGGACCAGUCUGGUUCCUGGUGGGACAACCACCAAGCCGAAGCUGACCAGCACUGGGACUGGCAGCAAGAGGUCUGGCAGCAAGAAAGCUGGACCGAAAACACAGGCCAAGCCGAGGACCCCUGGGCCGGCUGGUCAGGUGUGCAUUCGUGGGUGGAGGCACACCCGGUGCCUGAACCCAGUGCACCUCCGCGUAGUCGCAGUCCGCGGCAUCGCAGUGAACCUGCAGCUUCCAGUGCGGGUAGACCCGCCAAACCAAGGGGAAAGUCCUGGUGGGAACGUCCCCCGCCCAAGUGGGUGUGGGACGAGAGCAACCAACGCUGGAAGCGCAAGAACCAGCGGGGAAAACGCUCACCUGAAAAGGUUGAGGAACGUAUCCAGCGCGGACAAGAGCGACGAGCAGCCAGCUCGUCAGCAAAAGUCGCGCGGGUAGAACCGCCUCAGGAGGCGGAGACCUCGACUGAGCCAGGUGAGCCAGUCGUUCUCACCCCAGCGCCGGCAGCAGCCGAGCCAGCGGGUAGCCCCGCGGAGGGUCACUCAGAAGCCUCUGAGUCCGAAUCCUCCUCCAGCUCGUCAGUCAGCACCAUCGACUACGAGACUGGAAGUCUGCCCGUGCAGACUGAAGCGGCAGCAAGUGCAGCCGCAGAAAGAAUUCGGGCCAUUAAGCUCGAAGGGGAUCCGGGCGAACCGGAAGGACCCCACGCCCCAUCUGCAGGGGUGAAGAGCGAGGAUCCGAACGAGGAACCCCUCGCAAGUGCGGCGGCCAAAGCCGCAUCUGAGCUCCGAGACUCCUGGAUCUCAGUGAAAGAGGAGGUUGACUAUAGCCCCUCGGACACUCCAGGAGCGGGUAGCACUGCCGCAGCAGAAGCUGCGGAACACAGCCCGGAAGCGGGCAGCCCCGCCGCAGCCGAAGCUGCGGUACAAAGCUCCUGGGUGGAAGUCCAGGAAGCAGCAGACAGCUGGGAGCACGAGGUGAGCAGGCAGCUCACGGGACUCACUGACGCCCUCCGAAGGGCAGAGGAGGCCCACCGUGGGUUGCAAGAGCAGCUGGCUCAAAGCCAGCAUCGCACCCAACUGUUGGAGCAACAGCUCCUGGAACUCCAACAGGCGGGUAGCACCGCCGCGGGUGGCACCGCAGCCAGCAGAGCAGCGGCGGCCGCAGCGGUAGGUAGCGAAGCCAGAAAGAGUCAAAGUGACAACACACCGACCGAAGAGAGCGACGAAUACCGAGCUCUCUCAGUCAAACUGUUCGGGAUGCUGGUAUCGCUCAUCGCUGAAUGCCCAGCUGCAUUGAAGAUUGCAAGGGGCACGAGAAACCAAAAUGGAUUCGUCCUGUGGCGAAUGCUGUGGCGAGAGUUUCAUCCCGAGCAGGCCAACAGAGGUCUCAUUUGGAGACGAGCCCUGCUUUCGCCGAAGUUUCCAAACAAAGAGGGCGACUUUAGUGCAGCUCUUCAAGAAUGGGAGCUGGAUCUCGCGAAGUAUGAAUCCGAGUUUGGAGCCGAAAAGGCCAUCUCAGAUGAAGACAAGCGAGCGCUACUUAUGGUCGAAUCGCCCCAGGCCCUGAAGCAGCACUUGGCAAUGCAUGCUUCGUCGCUAGGAUCGUACGAUGAGGUUCGGGCUGUGGUAGUCUCAUACCUGCAAGCAAAAAGGGUGUGGACACCGUCGGGUGGUUAUGCUCAGUCAAGCCGCCGAGCAGCUCACGAUCCCGAUGCCAUGGAUAUUGGCAAAGUCGGCGAUGCCAAAGGCGAUAAGGGGAAAGGAAAAGAAAAGAAGGGCAAAGGAAAAGACAAAGACCCCAAAGGGGGGAACAAACCCGAGAAGGGUGGAAAGGGCCAAGACAAAAGAAACCAGCAACACAACCAGCAGAAAGAAAAGGAGAAGUGCCCCAUAUGCUGGCGAACUGGGCACACAGUGAAAGACUGCUGGUACAAUGUGAAAGGAAAAGGCAAAGGAACGCCAAAGGGCGGAGUAAACGCUGUUGCUGACGACGCUUCGUCACAGCUCUCAGCGGGUCCCUCCGCUUCCCAGGCGGGCAGCGCCGCGACUACGGCAAAACCUGGUGUGAGACACAUCUCGGAUGAGCCUAUGCGAGUGCUAGCUGUGCGGAACAACGACCCCCGCCAAGGACACCUCCUGGUGGAUACUGGUGCCGCUGUUUCCGUUUGCCGCCCGGGAACCUUUUCCAGUAAACUUGACCCGAAAGGACAAAUGGCUCUGUACAGUGUGGACGACACGCCGCUCAACACCCUAGGCGCCACGGAACCUGUGCUGCGACUAGGCGGGGACCACCGCCAGAAUGCACGAACCACGUUUCAAGUGGUUGAAGGUAUCACAGAUGACAUUCUGUCUGUGAACCGAGCGGUGGAUGCUGGAGCGCGGGUUGUGUUCCACGCGUCAGGCUCGCACAUUGAGUGGGCUGACGGCUCACGAGCCGAUUUCGUCCGAAGUGGGAAACAAUUCCUGCUACCUUACGCGGAAAUGGCCAAACCCAGCAAGCACGUGACCAUAGCGGCCGUUGAGGAUUUUCCCGACGACCUGGAAGCUCAAGCGGUCGAGGAAUUCGCUAUCGCUGAAGAACAGCGGGAGGCAGAAGCCGCGCAGGCCGAGGCAGCAGCUGCCGAAGCCAAUGAGGGUGAAGGCGAAGAACGCCAGGACCUUGAAGCGGUAGCCCCGCCGGCGGAUCCCGAACCGAACGAGGAAAGCGCACCACCGCAGAAAGAAAGACGCGGGAGAAGGCUCGCGCCGGAGAACGAGUCUGUUCUCGUCACGGUGCUGACGCUGGUUGACCGCGACACCGGCUGGCCGUGCAGCGUACAGGUGCCUAGAAAAGGUCAGGAGUGCGGACCAUUUGUGUUGGACGCAAUAGAGCUCUACCUGAACAAUUUGGGACACAAAAGAGUGAUCCUGCAAAUUGACCAAGAAGGAGCGUUGAGAAACGUUGCUGUGGCUGUAAGAAACCGGAUGGGGGCACACAAGGUUCGAGUGCGGGAGUCACCGCCGUACUCGCACCAGAGCCAGGGCGCCGUUGAAGGCGAACACCGCCAACUCGCAGGUUUGGUACGCACAUGGCUCAUGGACCUCCAGAAUCGGUACCCCAACUGCAUGGUUGACGUCAAUCAUGUGGUGUUUCCCUGGCUAGUCAAGUACGUCGCCUGGUCUGCGGCGAGGUUUCAAGUGAGAACCGCCGACAAAAUGACCGCGUACAAGAUAGUCAAUGGGGUAGAAUACUUGAGCCCCAUAUGCAAAUUUGGGGAAACAGUCAUGGCAAAACUUCCGAAACCAGGCACCAAGGCGCAACGCCGUUGGAUACGUGGGAUAUGGGUUGGUCGUCUGGAGCGCGACAACACCAACAUUAUACUCACGGAGGCUGGGGCAUUGAGUGUGCGGUCUGUCCGCCGUUUACCACCAGACGCGCAAGCCAACAGAACCCUGAUGGGGACCGUAGCUGGCGUGCCAUGGGCACUUCGACAAGGAAGGACGUUGCGGCAAGCACCCGCCCUGCAGGCGGAACCUUUGGUGCUGCCAGCACCGCCACUCAUGCAAGCCGAAACCGAAGGCGACCACGUGGAGCAAGAGGGCGCAGCGCAAAUCCCCUCAAUGGCCCACGAUGGACCCGAAGAAAGAAUGGACAAAGACGCGUUGGAUGUUGAAGGCGCCGCAGCCGCGGAGAGCCUCGAACCACGCGAAGACAUGGACGUUUUCGAUGGCGACACCGGCGCGGGAGUUCUCGUCUCACCCGAAGAAACCGCUGAGGCUGAAGCUAUUCGAAAUGCAGCGCCACCGAGUCCCACAACGUCGGAUGGCCCAUCCGCAGAAAGCGCGGGAGCCGCCGCCGGAUCACCUAGAGCACCAGCAGGGAUGGCUUAUCCCACGGGGCUGGGCGAAGGGGGGCUGGCGACCAAGCGUUCAGGCACAGCGCCACCUGCGGAAGAGACCAGGCCACCAAAGCAACCCAAAGCCGAAGCCAAGAAGUCCCAACGUGUAGGCAAACUACAGGCGCAAGAUCUGUGGAAAAAGGUGGAGGAAUGGGCCAAUGCGGACGACCCCGCUGUAGCGCAGCAGAGGCUCGCCACGGUGAUGGAAUACCUCGAUUCCGUGCCCGACCCACAGCAGAUCCAGAAAGCACGCGAAGAGCAACUUUGGAAGCUCUGGCGGCUGAACGCCUUCACACCGGUGAUGCGAUGGGACAAGCCGGCAGACGCCCAGACCUUUCACUACAAGUGGGUGGACAAGGUGAAAGACGGCGUGUGCAAAAGCAGGUUUACCUGCGCCGACACACGACGAUCCUAUACCCCAGAAAUGGAGCAGGACAUGCGUGUCUUUGUUCCUACCCCUACUCCUGAAGCACACGCCCUGCUCGAAAUAACGGCUCUGCAAAGAGGCUGCGCCAUGAGAACCUUCGACAUCGUUGCUGCUUUCCUGAUCGGCAAGGACCGAGGGGCGCAGAACGAAAACUGGGUCUACAUGCGACCGCCAGCCGAGUGGAAGCCCAUUUUCGACCAAUGGGUGCGGGAGCAACCGCCGUCUGAGCAGUCCAAGCUCAGAGGACAAUUUGCUGACAUGCUGUUCAGGCUCGAUGGAAAUUUGUAUGGUCGAAGAACAGCUGGCUCCGUGUAUCGAGACGAACUGGAAGAGCUGUUAUGCCACAAAUUGUCACAGACCGGCCGGUAUGCUUUCAAAAGAGGGGUAAAAGAUCCAUGCAUCUACAGAUGCAUGAAGACAGGUAUCAUAGUGGUCCAUCACAUCGAUGACGGAAGAUGUGCGGGGAACGCCGCCCUGCUGAACACCUUCCUGGACGAGGAUAUGUGCAGCCACUGUGAAAUCACCACCGGUCCUCUUGAGGCCGAAGGUGUAUCGGUAGAAGUUUUGGGGAAAACCAAAACACGCUUAGAGGGCUGCAUCCUGACAGCCCCAGACGCAAAGCAUGCUCGAAACAUCAUCGAAGCACUCGGUCUGAAACCCGGAGAGAAAUCUCCAGUACCUUCUCGCAAACCCGAUCUCUCGGACGUGACGCCGUUGAGUGCGGGGGAUGCCGCCAAAUACCGAUCCGCUGUGGGGUCCGGAAUUUACCUUUCGGCCGACAGACGUGACAUUCAGUAUGCGGUGAAAGAGUUGGCGAGGCAUAUGGCCGAACCCAGACAGUGCGACAUGCAACAAGCACGACUGCUGGGAAAAUACCUGCAACAAGCGCACGACCUUGUUCGAGUCACUGCACUCGACCCAAGCGCGUACGAAGGGCCCAUGACGCUCGACGUCUUCAGCGACAGCGAUUGGGGAGGAUGUGUUGAAACCCGGCGAUCCACAGAUUGUCAUGUGGUGGUUCUGGGAGGAGCAAUUGUCGCCACAUCCACGCAGACCCAGCCGGGAUUGCCUGCCACCAGCAGCCCUGACGCUGAGUUAAGAGGCAUCAGCCGGGCCUGUCGCGAGGCCAUCUUCGUACACGAACUGGCGACUAUGGAUUUUGGGCUGGAGGUGGAAAUCCCACGCCUGUGGUCAGACAGCUCCACUGGCAUCACAGCCGCAAAACGCAUAGGGCCAGGAACCAAGCUACGCCAUCUGGACGUGAGCGAAUUCUACGUCCAAGGGGCAGUGCAGGCCGGGAAAGCGCUGUUGCGAAAAGUCAAAGGAACUGAGAAUCCGGCGAAUUUUCUCACCAAGCACCCAAAGUCCGGAAACGAAGUGCUACAAGCUUUACCCUCGUUGGGCAUGGUGGACCCCAAACAUGUUGCGGGCGCCACCGCCCAGGAGAAACACACGGUGAAGUUUGUGCGGGUGAAUCCGCCUACGAGCUGGAAACCCGUAUUUCCGUUCAAGCCUACGCUCGCAAUCGCGGGUAUCACUAUGGCUUCACAGAUCUUAGGAGUGAAGGCCCAGCCAAGGGAGAAAGAAUUCCUAGAGCUGGUGCUGGAUGCCAUUUUGUGGCUGGGACUCCUGGGAUGGUUUGUUUUGCUCUACCACAUGGUGAAGGGCACUGUGAGGGGAACUCUGGCUAUAUACAGGAGGGUGAACCGACACCGGCAACAUGAAGAAGAGCCGGAACCGGAAGCGUCGGAGGACGAAGCUCCAACGCAGGCCGCGGAAAACGCGCCACCUCCACUCGAGGACUUGUUCCGAGAGGGAGUGCGGGCACCUCCGCCUCGGGACCUGCGACCCCCAGCUCCUGAGCCGGAACCUCCAGAGGUGGGCCAACAGGCAGCAGCUUCUGCCUUGCCACCGCAACCCGCACAGGGAGAUCAGCAUUCAACCCAGCAGCAAGACAUCGUGGUCGAACAGUUCUGUGCCUACUGCCUGGAAAACUUUCCCAGACACCUCAGGAUGGCAGAGAGCGAUUCCGAUGUGCAAUCACUGCAGUUUGAGACACAUCUCGCGAGGGGCGGGCCCAGCCCCGCCGGCCGCUGCUUGGCCUGUUUGACCUUGCUGCCGCCACCCUGCACGGGCCCGGAGGACUUCUCGGAGCUCGCCCGUCGGGCCCAAGAGGCCCAAGCGGCCCAAGAGGCCCGCGAGGCCGCGAAGGCCGAGAAGAAGGCCGCCAAGGCCAAAAGGAGGGAGGAGGAGGCCAGGAGCUUGCGCGUGGCUGCGCGUCCUGUCAGGCAGCGCCAAGACGAAGAACGAGCUCUGCAUGAAUGGGGGCCGACAGUGUGUCAGCGGCUGCUGGCGAAGAGCGAGCUCGUGCUGUUCCACUUGACGCCGGCCAUUGAGGGGGCGAAGGUGGUAAAGCUCUUGUGCUCCGUGCACGUGCAUGACGUGAACUUCCUGCAGGUGUACUGGGACCAAAUGCGUCGCGAGACCUGGUCCGCGAACUUGCGCGACUGGCACGAGGUUGUGGUGAGCCGGGCCCAGUUGCGCGCUGCUGCGCCCCAAAUGUCGUUGGCCACGCUCGAUGAGGCCAUCCGCAACAUAGACAUACCGGCCGACCAGAGAGGCUUCUUCAACAAGCCUUCGGACACAGCGGCCGCCAGAGGCUACACGCGAAAGACGGUGGGUCCCUCUGCCCGCACGCGGGAAGAGCAUGAAGCUGAGGGGGCCCUGCUCCAGAACCUCCACGUCCUCUUGCCACUGGACCGCUGCAGCGUGGACGGCCGGGUGCCUGAUGGCGUCAAGGCAACACCCUUGGAGCAGCCGGCCAGAUCCAGCCAGCAGACUCGAGAAGGAAUGAUGAAGUUUGCCGAGCAUCGCAUGAUCUCUCGACUUGCUGAACACAUCACUGCAGACUGCUGCGAACAGACGGGAGAAGUGCAGGCCUAUGGUUUCUUGCCGGAGAAGCUGCUGCAGGUGGUCCAUGCCCUUCUCGCCUGGCUUAAGGUCCGAGCCUGCCCUUUCGAGGACAUCUCUCCGGCGGACAAGGACUUGCACUGGAGCAUUGCCUUGCAGUGGCGAGGCUUUCAGAUGUCCGCGUCCGAAAUGGAAUCCGCGGCGGCCCAAGCAGUGAGCAUCACGUUCCUGCACAUGCGCUACUUGAGCGCCUACGUGCGUUUCACCAAAGCGCAGAGCGUGUCCCUCCUUGCGGCACCAACGUCCUCCAGGCACUCUGACGACAGUGAGCCAUGGCCACAGCAGUCCAAGACUUGGGAAGGCACGCUGGACCGUUUGACUGCUCAGAACAGCAGUCACAUGAAGGUUCUGCUACGCCACGGGUCCAAGGCCAAGGCGCACCCGGCGAUGGAGAUGCAGAAGGUCUUCCCCAUUGCGCGGUCCGACUUUCAGGUGAUGGAGCAACAGUGCCAGGGUCGAGAGCACGCCGACAUCGUUGGCGUGGUCACGCAGUUGGACUUGCCACCAACCAGCAAGCCCAAGGCGAAUCUCUGGCUGAAAGACUUACCCGGAGGCAGGGCCCGAAAGCGCGGCUGCAGAACCGCAUGGACGCCGUCUUGCGAAAGUGUGGGGAUGCAGCCUGCGUGUCUGGGCCACCUGCUGCAAUUUUGCUUGACUCUGUAG